AUGUCAGUAACUCUACAUACCAGCCUCGGCAAUAUCAAAAUCGAAGUGUUUUGCGAUAGUGUACCCAAAACCGCAGAGAACUUCCUCGCCCUCUGCGCCUCCCACUACUACGACUCCUCCCCCUUCCACCGUCUCAUCCCCACCUUCAUGAUCCAAACCGGCGCGCCCUCCCCCACCAACCCGCUUCUCCCCUCUCCUCCCCCCCAAAAGGCGGCACCUCCAUCUGGGACGUCCCCUUCGCCGACGAAAUCCGUCCUUCCCUGCGCCACCACGCGCGCGGUAUCGUAUCCAUGGCCAACAAAGGUCCCGAAACAAACGGCUCCCAGUUUUUCAUCCUCUUUGCUCCCGCGCCGCAUCUCGAUGGGCAGAAUACCGUGUUUGGACAUGUGA